UCGCCGCUGCUCUGCUCCUCUCUCCUCACCGUGCUUCCUGCCUCCCUGCUUCGACUUGAACUUGUUCUCCUACUCCUCCUUCUCCUUACGACCUCGUGGGGCGGCGAGGCGCGUCCGUUUCCCCCGGCGAGAUCUCCCCACCAUGCCGGAGGCAAAUGCGGCUGCCCGCGGCGGCGGCGGCGGCGGGGAUGCCCGGGCGGCGGAGCAGCGGAGCAACAACAAGAAUUCGGAAGAGAUGGGUUUCUUCAGUGAAUAUGUGGAUGCCAGCAGAUACAAAAUCCUAGAAAUCAUUGGGAAAGGAAGCUACGGUGUUGUAUGCUCAGCUAUUGACCAAGAGACUGGUGACAAGGUAGCAAUAAAGAAGAUACAGAACAUCUUCGAGCAUCUAUCCGAUGCUGCUAGGAUCCUCCGUGAGAUCAAGCUUCUCCGGCUUCUACGGCAUCCUGAUAUUGUCCAGAUCAAACAUAUAAUGCUACCGCCAUCGAGGAGGGAUUUCAGAGACAUUUAUGUUGUCUUUGAACUGAUGGAUACAGACCUCCACCAAGUUAUCAAGGCUAAUGAUGACUUAACAAAGGAACAUUACCAGUUCUUUCUCUAUCAGAUGCUUCGUGCGCUGAAAUAUAUCCAUACUGCCAAUGUUUAUCAUCGCGAUUUAAAGCCAAAAAAUAUAUUAGCAAAUGCUAACUGCAAACUGAAGAUAUGUGAUUUUGGACUAGCAAGAGUUGCAUUCAAUGACACCCCUACAACAGUUUUCUGGACGGACUAUGUUGCCACUAGAUGGUACAGAGCUCCCGAGCUCUGUGGUUCUUUCUUUACUAAGUAUUCACCAGCUAUUGAUACCUGGAGUAUCGGUUGCAUUUUUGCGGAGAUUUUGACAGGAAAGCCUUUGUUCCCUGGUAAAAAUGUGGUUCACCAAUUGGACUUGAUGACUGAUCUCUUAGGUACACCAUCAACAGAGACAAUUUCUCGGAUUCGAAAUGACAAGGCAAGGAAGUAUCUGAGCAGCAUGAGGAGGAAACAGCCAAUACCUUUUUCAGAAAAAUUCCCCAAUGCAGAUCCUUCAGCGCUCAAGCUCUUAGAAAGGCUUCUAGCAUUUGAUCCUAAGGAUCGACCAACUGCUGAAGAGGCAUUGGCUCAUCCCUAUUUUAAACGUCUUGCAAGAGUGGAGAGAGAACCAUCAUGCCAACAACCAAUUUCAAAAACGGAGUUUGAGUUUGAGCGAAGAAAAUUUACCAAAGAAGACGUCAAGGAACUUAUAUUUAGGGAGAUAUUGGAGUAUCACCCAAAACUUCUCAAGGAUUACAUGAACGGUUCCGAAAAGACAAGCUUUCUAUAUCCUAGCGCUGUUGACAAUUUCCGGAGGCAAUUUGCGAACUUAGAGAUAGAUGGAGGAAGGAGCGGGGCGGCUGACAGGAAACAUUUUUCUCUCCCGAGGACUACAACAGUCCAUUCUGCGCCAAUUCUUCCAACAAAUGGUCCAACCUCUCAAGUUCCUCAAAGAAUCCCAACAGCUAGACCAGGGAGAGUGGUUAGCUCAGCAAUGCAAACGGACAAUCCAAGCGUCUCUGAUCGACACAAUGGACGAAGAGUAGCCAGGGAUCCGGCAGUUCCUCCAGCAGCUGCCUACCACCUGAAGUCAGACUACUCUGACAGACAGCAUCAGCAGGAAUUUGAGAAGGAUCGUGUGCGGCCUGACAGACAGCGUCAGGAAGAGCUUGAGAAGGAUCGCAUGCAGUACAGGCCAGGGCAUCACUCCAUGGAUGCCAAGGUUGCACCAGAGAUAUCUCCAUACAUGCGGUCUUCGCCUUACUACAUACCUCCGUUCAAUGGGAUCGCCGCGGUUGCAAGUGGAUACAGCAAGGUUGCUGCAGUCACAAGGAUGUACUAGAGCAAUGGCCAGUCGGGUUCGCCGUGCCUGCCUUUGCUGAGCGUGAGAAGGGAGUGAGACCAGCCAUGAUUGACAUUCAAGGCACAAAUUCAGAGCGUAAGUCGGUGGUCCAUAGAUGAUCAAGUGAUGCAAGCCAUGGAUGCCAAGGAAGAACUUCUGGCUGUGAAAACGGCGAGCAUCGCCCAUGUCCAUUGCUGUAGAUACUGUGUGCCAAUCUUCUCUUCUUUCUAGAAGAGGGAAGAAAGACAGUGAAUUUUCUCCUCUUUUUAAUUAGGAUUUAGGGAACAGGCGCUUUUGUAUAUAUUACAGCGAGUUCUGCUGCUCGCUGCUGCUGCUGCUGCUGCUGCUGCUUGUGUUAACAGAUUCAAACAAUCCUCUCAGAGGUGAAGUAUCUCUGUUCAAGAGGAAUUUUAAGUUCUGGAGUUCCUUUGCCAGACACCUUUUAUGGAAUGGUCGUAGCUGUGAUGAAUUGCUA